AUGCCUGGAAGAAAGUUGUCUGUGUUGAACGCCUUCGCGAUGUUCACCAGGGAGGAAAAGAAGAAUAUCGCCAUUUAUAUUGUCGGGAUAAUGCUGUAUAAGUUCGGUUUGGAGGCCUUCAAUGGCUCCAUCACAGCUCUAGCGACCAAUCGCUAUGACAAUGAUGCCAGCAUCGCAGGUGUCCCUGCAAACACCUUCGAACGACUUGGUCUACUCCAAGGUCUGAACCAAGCCUUCCAAUGCGUUGGUUCCAUCUUGAUCGCCCCUCUUAUCAAGCGAUUUCCUACCAAACUCGUUCUCGCUGUCGCCGUAUUCUGUUUCGGAAUCCUGACCGCUGUUCUGAUGAUUGUGGAUGGAGCUACGGGAGGACGACUUAAGCCGGCUGGCGCAGAGGCAGAUGACUUCUCUUACUAUGGAAGUUACAACACCGACGGCAUCAUCCCAAUCUUUUGUUUCACUGGCAUUGCAUACGGCAUGGUGGAACUGAUCCGCAGAGUCAUUCCACGAGACAUUGUUGGUGGCAACGUUCAAAAGCUGCGACGAAUGGACGCCUUGGUCCACAUAUUCUACGAAGUUGCUGGCACGUCAGGAGCCUUCUGCACGGCUUUGGGAUUGAUCCCAGCCCUCGGAAACAACUUCUCUUUCAUCAUCACCCCCAUCUGCUUCACUUUGGCCGCAAUCACCUGGUAUUUCGUGUCAAAUCUCAAUUUCCGACAUCCCAACUCAGGCCUUGCUGCGGCGGACAAACCUUCGUAUCUGAAGAGCGUGCUGAUGGGCUUCGUUCUUUUCUACCGAUCCGUCUAUACGGGUGCUAAAAUCAUUUUCACCAGCCGCAAGUUUAUCUGGCUGGUUCCUGGGUAUUCUGUCGCUUUGUACGCUCAUCGCUAUCUCGAGAACGGCAUCGGGCCGGUAAUUGCCAGACGGUACUUGGGAAAUUCAGCCUGGUCCCAAAUCAUGGUUGGAGGCUCUAAUUUUGGCGAGCUGCUCGGCGCCGCUUUCGUCUUCCUCUUCACCAAUCUCGUUACGACUCCCAUGCCAUGGCUUCGUUUGGAUGCCCUCAUGCUCUUGAUUGUCUGGUACCUACCAUAUUGGACACCACCAAGGAAUCAGGUGCGUCAAGCCUGGAUUGUUGCCGCCACCUUCCUUCCCGUCUCUUUUGGCUGGGCUGCCGGCGACGUGUCACUAGCUGCAUAUAUUCAAGCUUCGCUUGCACGGAAGGAAUCUGAGCAUAAGGAUGUGUCGGCUCUGGGGGCCGUCAUGGCCUUCCUCUACUCGACAUACAUUGUCACCUACGCCAUCACCCAGCCGCUCCUCGGCAGAUAUAUCGACGGGGUGUUUACCAGAACUGGUGGUUCUUCGAAUGGUGGAACCGUUAGACCUGCUAUCCGAAAUGUCGCCGGAGUACAGUUCACGAUCAUUGCCGUCGUGAUCUUUGCAUCUUCUUUUAUCCCUCGUGGAUCUUUCGCUUUCAAUCCUCAGGCGCUCUAUGGUGAAGCCCUGGACAAGGAAGUCAACGACGAUGAUAGCUCUGUCGGCGGCUCUCUGGAGGCAGACUCCCUUAAAAAGGAAAGGGAUUACGUGAACUCGGCUGAGAUCGCUCAGCCAGGCGGAAGGAAUUCUAUUGUCGGCACUCUGGAGCCUGUGGAUGCUUUACGUCGUUCUUGA